AUGACUCCCGCCGCCACGCCACAUGGCCUCGUCGUGGCCCGCUUCAGACCCGACUCUUCCGCUCGGUUUUGGCUGUCUUUGUCUGCUCAAUUGGCUGCAGCACAGUUACCUUGUUCUCUCUUCUGGGCCAUCCGGUUCAAUCUCUUUGAGACCGGAAAUGACGACGACUAUGCAAAUACACCGGGUUUGCUUUGCGUGGUGUCCCCCUCCCCAUCGGAGAUACCCAUUCGCGACGCCUCUUUCACGCUAGGCCCCACAUAUGCAACUAGCACCAACGAGUACUCAAAUAACCCCGGGCCAGGCGGCGCACAAUUAACUGCCAUUCCGGCCGUGAAGUGUCCUGCAGAGACCCUACACCAGCCGCUCUAUCUGCACACCGCGCCCGUUUUGCCCAUCGCCGGAGCCGACCAGCUUCCAUUAAAAGCAUACUAUCAUGUCCUCGACAAUGACAGCUUCUCCUUGUUUCGUAAGGCCGCACUCGCCAAUAGGAAUCAGUUCCUCCUUGCCUGGAUCGAAAAUCGCAGGGCGGAGGUGGCGCAAAGACUGCCACAACACGUUCGUGAGCUCCAAUCCGCUCAGUGGGACCAGUGGCCUCUCUUCGGCGCGAAUGAAAACCCCGACCCGACCUACAUGUUCGGCGAGCGCAACAAUCCACGCAGAUACCACUUCGACUUCAUUGAAGACGACAAUCUUCCUUCCCCGCACCAGCCGCUGCCAUUAUACACUGAGCUGUUCCUCUACGCUCAAAUCUGCAAGGACUACCGGUGGCAUGGCGUUGAGGAAACUAUCGGAUACGUCCGCGCAGCUCGAGCGGAUGCCCAUGGACACCACAACGUCGUGCAGCCCUCUGACUACGACGACUAUGACAUGAAUGGUCCUUCCCGCGGACAAGCUCAGCUUUCGCUUGUACAAGAUGUGGCGUUUCGCACACAGCUUGCCGAGUUCUCAGCAAUUGCGGCAGGCGGUUACACUGAAUUGAUCCCGGUGUCGGACAGCUGGUCAGAUGAUAGGACGCGCGAUACUGUCGACUGUACUGGCCAGAGCGGGGACAACAAGCCCGACGACGGCAGUGGUCCACGUGUCUACUUGCAAUUCCUCCCAUUCGCCUACCCGUACCUCCCAGGGAGCUAUCCCAGAGUGCCGAUGCCCAGCUCCCCGCCGGUGAUCGUCCUAGACAUGUUCGGCGUCAUCCUAGACAGAGAACGUGCUAUCCGCGAUGCGCUAGAACCAUGGCUUCCCCCUGCCCGCCUUCGACAUUCAGGUGUAUCAGAAGCCGUAAAACUAUACAUUGAGCACGAAGCGCUCGCCGCCCGCUCUCAGCGCGACUGCGCGACCUCCCUUCCGCGGAUCGUCCAUACGGCUCUCGACACACUCGCUCGCAAGCUCGGGGUAGCGGCCGCAUUGCGAGCCGCCUUCCACGCCGAUGCCACAGCAUGCAUUCUUCGCCCCCGGCCGUACGACGACGCCGUGCAAGCCAUCGAGCGGCUCUCACGACAAGCGCGCUCUCUCGUCGUCCUGUCGCCCUUCCCCCUCAAUACCCUGGACACCGUCCGGCAUGCACUGCCAUCCAACGUGCGGUUUUUCCCCGUGGCCAUCCCGCUGCAUGCCCCAAUCCCCGCCACGUCGUUCACGCAGCUGCGGCGAUGGUGCGAGCAAGUCAUCCUUCCGCUUCCCGCCCGCUGCGGCCGCAGCGAUCCUCGUUCUUUCGCAGCAUCGGACAUUCUGGUUGUGAGCGGUGGCAUGGGCCGGGUUCUUGCUCCGUCAGCGGCGGACGGACACCCCACGGUGCUCGUUAGACGGCCGGAGGGCGUCGAGUGCAAUGUCGACUUCGUCGUGGGCAUAGGCUCUGAAACGCCGCAUCCGUCGGCUGUCGUCGGGGGCUUGGCAGAGCUGUGUGCCGCAGGUUGA